AACAUCUAUGCUCCAACUUGAGAGGGAGUGUUAAGGACUAGUUGUAAAUAGAGUUCUGUUAGGAGUUAGAUUCCUAAUAGGUUUAUAGUAUCCUAUAUAUGUAUAUAAAAGUAUCCCUAUUGAUGAAAAUAAUACGACAAUAAUUUUCCACAUUAAAUUACAGUUAUCAUACGAAGUAAAUAUGUGUGCCAUAUUUGGAAAAUUUGUUGCAACCAUUUCUCACACCUAUAGCACUCAAUUCUGAUAUUGGUGGAUUACUUCUCCAUGCUACUCUGCAAAUGAGUCUUAUCCAGUGAUUUCUUAUGCUUCUUAUGUUACAAGUGCAUGGAUUUGAUCUCUUUAGUGGUAGCAGAAAUUUGUCCGAGGAAAAAUUUAUUGGAUGCCCUUUUUAUUUCUAGGGUUAAGGCAGAUUUAUCCAAUGCUUUCUAUGGUCUGUCUUCAAAUUAAUUCUAAAGAACUCCCUUCAAUUUCUUGUUCCUAUCUCUCUUUCUCUCUCUCUCAUCUGCAGCCUGGAAUGGUCACAACUGAUCUUCUCAUGUCUGGAGCUACUACCAAGCAGGCCAAGUUUUUCAUUAAUGUUUUGGCAGAACCAGCUGAAGUGGUCGCAGAAUACCUUGUCCCAAAUAUCAGAUCCAUCCCUGCCAAUGGAUCGAGAAAGCCAACUUAUAUUCGUUUCCUUACUGGCAUAAAAGCCUACUCACAAAUAUUUUCAAGACUAGCUUUUGGUGCAAGAAGAAACAGUUGUGGAACGUUGAGGAUGGAGGAAAAAGCCAUAGUGUGGAGAGGGAGAAAGGAAUUUUAGGGGGAGAUCGUUGAAGAAGAGAGGCUUUAGAAGAAUUAGAGUUCGAUUUACAACAAGUUUAAACGGUGUCGUCAUGCUAACCAAAGUUGGGUUAGCCAACUUCUUUAAGUCCCAUAUUUAUUAUAUUUUAAUGCCAAUAUUGAUUGAAUUUGUAAUUAGGGUGUAAUUAUGGUGUUUAUUAGUUGUAUGAUAUCUUCUUGAUUUGAGGAAGAAGAUUGAUCACUUUUUCCUUUGAAGACAUGUAUAAAAUGAAACUUUAUUUUUUUAGCAA